ACCCGGCCUGUAGGUUUUAUUUGCAGAAUUUCAGCCCCAAGAUUUGCAACUUGCCAACUUGUUUACUUGUAACUUGUAAAAUUAUGUCCUACGGACCGCCCCCAGCGUACAACCCCAGCCACGGCGGAGGUGGUGGUUAUUCUGCACCCCCUCCCCAGCAGCAGGGCUAUGGUCAACCCCCAUCUUACCAACAGGGCUAUGGUCAGCCCCCAGGACAGCAAAACCCUUAUGGUCAGCCAGGCCCUCGAGCCCCACCACCACAGCAGGGGUAUGGGUCAGCCCCCCCACCCCAACAUCAGGGCUACGGCACCCCCCCUGCACAGCAGCAGGCUUAUGGAGCCCCCCCUCCACAACAGCCGGGGUAUGGAGCUCAGCAACAGAGGUAUGGGGCACCCCCUCCUCAACAGCAGCAUUACGGAGCCCCCCCUCCACAGCAGGGGGGGUAUGGAGCACAACAAGGCUACGGUGCCCCCCCUCCCCAGCAGGGCUAUCACCAGGGUUACCAGGGGCCACCCCCUGGAGUGGACCCAACGUUGUGGGGGUGGUUUCAGACGGUUGACCAAGACCGGUCCGGCUCCAUCAACGCGACAGAGCUGCGGCAGGCCCUGGUGAACGGGAACUGGUCCCACUUCAACCCUGAGACAUGCAGGCUGCUCAUCGGCAUGUUCGACCAGAACAAGGAUGGAACCAUCAAUAUCCAGGAGUUUGCUGCUCUGUGGAAGUACAUCAAUGACUGGAAAGGCUGCUUUGACAGGUUUGAUACAGACCGUUCGGGUAACAUCGAUGCUCAGGAACUAAACAAUGCCUUCAGGACUUUUGGAUACUCACUUUCAGCAAGUUUCUGUGGGAUGAUUGUUACAAAGUUUGACAGGUCGAGCAACCGAACCAUCAACUUUGAUGACUUCAUCCAGGUGUGUGUGAUGCUGAAGGCACUGACAGACAAGUUCCAACAGAAGGAUGUGCACAGGAGAGGGGUGAUCAGGAUCAACUAUGAGGAGUUCUUGGAGAUGGUUUUGGAGAACAACGUUGUAUAGAAGCCUGCAAAACAGCCACAGCCAAACGGAAAGUAUGGGGUGAAGAGUCUGUCUAUGCUCCUCCUGGCUCUACUUUUACAUGAGAUUAUGUAAAGAAUUUAAUAAUUAUUUUUACAUUCUUUUUGCGCUACAUGUUUUUCUUCUACUCCAAACACAUAAGGUCAAUGACCUGAACCAGACAUCUGUAACCAUGGUAUACUGUCGCUGUAGCAGACACCCUUUGGUGUUGGGUUACAUUAUGUAGCAAGUUGCAGGAUAGAGUUGGAGGCACUGGUCACCAUAUCCAUGUAAAUGAAUGUGUUUAAGUACAGUGUAGGAAUAAACAGAGCAGUAUUUUGUUAGGCUAGACCAUGUGAAGGUAAACAUUAUACAUUUUCUUUGCAAGUGUUACGUUUCUACUGCAAGUUCUAAUUCAUAUAUCUCUUUUAUCAUAAUGUUACAAGCAAGAGGGAUAUGUAAUUAUAUAAUGGUGGCUGGUUGGUGUAGUUAAGAAAGUACUAGUAAAUGAUCUUGUCAAGAAAAAAAAUUUAUAAUAUAUGUAUAAAUAGGAAUGACUUGGUAAGUACACUAAUUCUGUUAGUUAAUUGAAUAGCUGUAAUAUAUUAUAAGGUGAAUGUAGUUUGUGCUCCCAUAGAAUUUUAGUUGUAGGCAUGUACAAGAAUGACUACUUGUGUUCCUGAGGCCCCCUGUUGAUUGCCGUGAUAAUUGCAUGUACAUGAGUACUUAAAAUUUGUUUUACAAUUGACAAAUGCAUAUUUAAUGCAAUUUUUGACCAAAGACUGUCUGUAACCUGCCAUGCAAGGAACUUUUUUUCAUCUUUUGAACUUGAUUUAUAGUAUUCGAAUAUAGGAAAACUGAUGAUUCAAGGGAUGUUGGAUGUUUUGUAGAGUAAAACUGAAAUAGAGAAUGAUAUCUAAUAUGAUAAAGGGAUUAUUAAUUAGAGAGUAAAAAGAACAAGAUGGAUUUCUUUUUGGUAUCAAGUGGUGUAGGGUUUUUUCCUUUAGGCCACACCAAUUUAAUUUCUUGGUUAACGGAUUCGCCGCUUCAUUUUUU